AUGGCUUCCCGUGCCUUUGCUACACUGCUUGCAGUUCUAGCGGUUGUGGGUUUUGCUUCAGUUCCCCGUGGUCUGGCAACUGAUCCGACCCAGCUCCAGGACUUCUGCGUUGCUGACAACAACAGCCCUGUGCUGGUGAACGGGGUGGUGUGCAAGAACCCGAACGUGGUGAACGCAAACGACUUCUUCCACAUAGUGCCGGUGGCACCAAACCAGGGGCGGAGCUACAGGGAGUAA